AAAAGGGAAAGCAAGUAAUUUUUAACAGAUUUGAGAAUGACUUUUUCAGUUUUUUGAAUUAUGAGCUAGAAAGUCUUUUUCCUGAUGUUAUUAGCUCCACGUUUGGACCUGUUUUUGGUGCUGAUAGCUUUGAGUUGCCGCCUGGUUCUAGUUAUUACAACAUUGAAUUACUAUCUGGUUAUAGUUUUGUGAACAUUGAGUUGCCGCCUGGUUCUACGAUGCCUAAUUCUGUGAACAUUGAGUUGCCACCUGGUUCUACGAUGUCUAAUUCUGUGAAUAUUGAUAGAUUUGAGCUGCCACCUGGUUCUACGAUCUCUAAUUCUGUAAACAUUGAUUGUUCUAAGUUGCCACCUAGUUCUACAUUGCCUGGUUUUGUGAAUAUUGAGUUGCUGCCCUGUUCUAUAGUGCCUAGUUCUGAGAAUAUUAAGUUGUCGUCUGGCUCUACAAUGUAUAGUUUUGUGAACGCUAAAUUACUGUCUGAUUCUAUGAUACCUGGCCCUGUGGAUGUUGAAUUACAAUCUGGUUCUAUAAUACUUGGUUCUGUGAAUUCCAAGCUAUGUAAUUCUACGAUAUUUAGUCUUGUAGAAGUUGAGCUAUCACCUAAUCUUGUGAAGUACAAGUAUAAUAAUCUUUCGCCCGGUUCUGUAGAAUCUGAUUUGUCUGGUUUUAGAAACUUUGGGGUUGAUAACAACUUACCUAGUCCUAUAAAUUUUGAGUUUGAAAAUUUUGAGGUAGACAAUAAUUUGCCUGAUCCUGUGAUUGAUACAACCCAACAACCUUUAACUGAUUUAAGUUCUGUUUGUAAUAUUACUAAGGUUUCUAAUCCCAAAUAUCACAAGCCAAGAGGUCAUCCUCCAAAACGAUUGAGAUCAUCAAUUGAAGAAGAUAAAGAAAAUAUCAAGCAACAAUCUAAUCGUGAACAAAGAACAUGCAGUUAUUGUUCAGUAAAG